UGCCCUGGAAAGUGGCUCUCAUUGACCUAAGACUCUUUCUUUCUAUAUAUAUACAUUUCCACACUCUUCUAUACUGUCAAAUCGAAUCCUUCCUUCCUUCAAAUUAACCAUCUUCCUCCGAUCCUCUGUUCUCUAAUGGCCACGCCAAGCGAAACAUCAGCUCUUUUCUUCAUCAAGAAACAUCUCCUCGACGAAUUUUCUCCCUUACCCAAUGUCACCACCACCAAGCCAUGGGAAACCAGCUCCGAUUUUUCAUUCUUCGGUUCAUUUGACCAAACCGGUUUCGAUUUUCCUGAAUUCGAGACUAAACCAGAAAUAACCGAUACUCCACUUGCACCAAACGAUUCCUUCACGUUCCAAUCGAAUCUCCCGGUCGUCUCGCAAUCGAAUCGAAAACCGCCGCUGAAGAUCGCGCCGCCGAACCGAACCGAGAGGAUCCAAUUCGCAGCCCGAAACCCUCAGCGAGAACAGGUUCCCGUACCACAGGUGGCGGCAGAAGAGAAGAGGCACUACAGAGGGGUGAGGAUGAGGCCGUGGGGGAAAUUCGCGGCGGAGAUCCGAGAUCCGACCCGCCGCGGGACCAGGGUUUGGCUCGGGACGUUCGACACGGCGGUCGAAGCGGCUAGGGCUUACGACCAAGCGGCGUUUAGGCUCCGAGGAGCAAAGGCCAUCGUGAAUUUCCCGCUCGAGGUUGGGACGUGGGAACCACGCGCUGAGAAUGGUCAGAAAAACAAGCGGAAGCGAGACGGAGGGGAGGAAGAAACGAGGGUUGUUGCGAAAGUUGUAAAGACGGAGGAGAGUCACGGCGUCGAGCAAGUGACGUCGAGUUUGACGGGGAUAGAUGACUGGGACUUGACGGAGUUUCUAAGCAUGCCGCUUUUCUCGCCGUUGUCACCACAUCCACCGUUUGGUUAUCCACAAUUGACUGUUGUCUAAAUGUCUGUUGGGUUCAGCUUGCUGUAUGCUGACGUGGAAUUACGGCGUACACGUGUUUUUAUGAUCUCUUGAUUCUUUUUGUUGCACACACAUUCGAGGAAAUUUAUUUAUUUAUUUGUUCUUUAUAUAAUAUACGACUUUCAAGUUUCAACGUUCAGUCAAUAAAAUCAUAU